CCGUGAGGGGGGCUGCGAGGGGAGCCAAUCUCACCACAUCCCGGCGGGGCAGGAGGGGAGCCCGCUCUCCAAACCCCUUCCAGCCCCCUCAUGACACCCCCUCAGCCUCCAGCUGCCCGCCACUCGUGUCAUGAGCUGCCACCAUGUCAGCCAGCAGCACUGUGCCAGCAGAGGAUGGGCAGCAGCCCAAGAGUGUGGUGACCCGGGUGGCCAACCUGCCCCUGGUGAGCUCUGCCUGUGGCAUGGUGUCCACGGCCUACAACUGCACCAAGGACAGUCACCCCUACGUCAGGUCCGUCUGUGCCGCCGCCGAGAAGGGGGUGAAGACGCUGACGGCGGCGGCGGUGAGCGGGGCACAGCCCCUCCUCACCAAACUGGAACCACAGCUUUCCACAGCCAAUGAAUACGCCUGCAAAGGGCUGGAGAAGCUGGAGGAGAAGCUGCCCAUCCUGCAGCAGCCCCCCGAGAGGGUGGUGGCAGGGACCAGGGAGCUGGUGUCCUCCACGGUGGGCCUGGCACAGGGCGCGGUGCUGGGCGGCGUGGGGAGGACGCAGAGGGUGCUGAGCAGCGGCCUCAGCACCGUGGUGGGGUCCCGCGUGGGGCAGCUGCUGCUCACGGGGGUCAACACGGUGCUGGGCAAGUCAGAGGAGCUGGUGGAAAGAUUCCUGCCCGAGGCAGACGAGGAGCUGGUGUGGGAUGGUCCAGCCAGGUGGGUCUCACCCCAUGGUCCCACAGCCGUGGUGGGCACUGGGGUGGCCAGAGCAGGGCAGCAGAGACGGCGGCAGAGCUGCUUCGUCCGGGUGGGCUCCCUGUCAGCCAAGCUGCAGCACCAAGCCCUGCGGCGCUCGCUGGGUGAGCUGCGGCGGGCACAGCUCAGCGCCCAGCGGCUCCUGGCACAGCUCCAGCGCCUCAUCGAGCUGUUAGAGCAGGGGCGACAGGGCAUGGAUGGCACCCGGCAGCAGCUCCACCGCAUGUGGCUGGAGUGGAGCCAGCAGGAUGCUGUGCCCAUGGAGGAGAGAGAGGUGGAGGCGCGGGCACUGACCAUGCUGCGCGGGCUCCUGCGCCAGCUCCACGCCGCCGGCACCCUCCUGGCAGCCAGCAGCCAGCACUUCCCCGGCGCAGCUCAGGACACGGCGGGACACAUCCGGCACGGCCUGGACGAGCUGCAGGGCUCCCUGUCCCGCGCCGCCUCCUUCCAGGACCUGUCGGGUCUGGUGCUGGAGCAGAGCCGCGAGACGGCGGCGCGGGCGCAGACGGGGGUGGACGAGCUGCUGCGGUACGUGGGGCAGCACGUGCCCCUGCCCUGGCUGCUGGGCCCCUUCGCUCCAGCCUUGGUGGAGUACCCGGAGGAUGUCCCUGUGGAGAUGGCCAAAUGGGAGGGUUGUGUCACCGUGGAGGGGACGCACCGGGGGCCGGCUGCCCCGCAGCUCUGCAGCCAGCGCUGAGCCGCCGGCACUGCCCAGGGAGCUGCCCGCCACAGCAGCCAGCCCCAGCCCUGAUGGAGGUGGUGUGAGGUGAUGAUGGACUCUGGGACCCAGCCUGGGACCCCUGAGGCCUCGGUGACCCGGCGUGGGAUGAGCUGGGGACUCGUCUAGGGAGGGAGGGAUGGUGGCAUGUGGAGGAUGCGGCGUGUGCCCAGCCCUGCCCGGGCUCUGGGGCUGCCCACGGUGUCCCCAGCCCCGGGAGCUGGGGGAUUUCUGUCUCAGCAGCUUCAACGUGCUUUAAAG